UUCAAUACGAAUCGGUUUCGGAUUUGUUGCCGCAAAAAUCAAAAUAAAACCCGGGUGGAGGAGGAGGGAGAAGAUGAAGCAAACGAGAGAGAUCGAGCUUGAGGCCGGGUGGAAUCGCGAGGGGAUGUCAUGGCGAAGCGGCGGGCAGAGUCCGAGCUUGAGCUGGUGGAGGCGGAAGCGGAAGCGGAGGCGGAGGCGGAGGCGGAGAAGAAUGGGAGGCGAGCAGCAGGUAGUCAGGACGGGGUGAAUCGCGCGUUCAUCCUCGAGUGCAGCAAACAUAGCGAUGGAUCGAUCUACAGCGGCGACGAUUUUUGGCACAGAUUUUACAAGGUCGCCGAUACCCGAGAGACUCGUAUGGAGGCAAUGAUGCUGUCAAACCCAACCAAUUGCCGGCCACACAUGUGGGCUUGCAAGGCGCACAGUGUGCAAUUCAUGAUGCAGAUAUUCUCGCUCAAGCUAUCCAAUAUCACUGCUGCUGUUGAUGGCCCAGUUCACUUGUAUGGAUACUUUGCUGUCCGGGAUCAUUUGGACCCGCUACGCAACUACAUCUUCAACCGCACCAGGGAUGACCCUUUCAUCAUGGGGCAAGACAAUGGCGUUGAUUCGGAUAAUUCAUUGAUACCAAUGUCAGGCCCCAAGAGAGGCAUUGGAAACCAAGUUCGUGUGCUCAUCGAGUUCGACAUGAAGAUCAAGAACGGAGAGACACAAGACGAUGAUUUUCAGCUCAUCGAUGGUGCCAUUAUCUGCAGCGAAUUCGUGCUUCCCGAUAGAGUGUUUACGCAACGGAUUGAGGGUGAUUGUGGUGCGGUCGACAUUAGUCGAGCCCUUUUUCACGAAGCAGUGGAGGCCACAAUACAAGUUAGCAUAUCACAAGUGCAUGUCAAUGGCUUGAGCUUAUCUUUAUAUUCUUAUACCAGUCGAAUCCCUGAAAAGAUUCGGCUCUUUGAUGGUGUCAUUUCCAAGCCAUGUGACCUGAAUAGGGUAGUUGCUGUGGUGGAGAAUACACCUUUGUUUUUAAUCUUCAGGGCUGUUCAUAGGGAUGGCUCGGAUUAUGAUAUCCCUAAAUACUGUCCAUUGGUCUUCAAGGUUGAUCAGGGGGAUGGCUCGUAUCGUGUCUCUGAAUAUUGUCCAUUCAAAGCUAGAAGACAUGGAUAUGACAUGAAAGAGCUUAAACUUGGUGGCGCCCGUGUACUGUUGAAGGUGUCUUGGUCAACUUUGAAGUGAUUUUGAAUAUUCCUGGGGUAUACAUAAUCUAUGCUAAGCAGAAAUAGCGAUAUUUCUGUGUAUUGACUAGUAGGCAAAUGUUUGGGCCUUAUUUUGAGUACAUAUUUAAGUUUUUUAUUUGUUGUAGAAGUUCGACAGGUGAAGGAUGCCACACUCUUAUCUGUUCUUAUUUAUUGCAUAUUAAUGCAGAUUAAAUUUGGUAUUGCUACCUGAAUUUA